AUGCUGCUAAUUCACAUAAGAAUGGAUGUGGUUAAUGUGACCUCUUUCAUAGACGAGGCAUUGACUUGCAAUGUUUGCGACAGAUCGUUUCCCUCACGUCGUCUGCUAAGCGACCAUCAACAGAAGAAGAGGCACUUUGGAUGCAGCUCGUGCGAUAGUCUAUUUCCAUCUCUGAUGGCACUCGAGCACCAUAAAGAAGAGUUCCAGCACUGGAGUGACGACUCUUGCUGCGACGCGUCACGACACUCUUCUGACAGCGAGUCGGACGACUGUCGAGAUGAUGGUCGACUCAUAUAA